AAAAUACCACAUAUAUAAAUUAUCUCCCUUGUGUACUUCCGCUGGCGUAUGGUGGAUGUUUUCCUUGAACAAAACAACGAAACAAAUUGACAUUUCGAAACUUACUUCUUUUAAAACCAGUAUAUGUUAUUUAUUGAACAAAAACAGUUGAUGUUUUCGACCAUUUAUAUAUAUUGCUAUGCACAUUUGAGAGCGUUUUGCUUUGCAGAAAUGGGCAUAAUGUGUGGCUGAGCGCACUGUGCUUGCAGCAAGUUGCAGUUGCGAAUUUAUUCAACAUAAUCAUGAACAUACUUACAUAGGCUAUCUCUAUCACAAUGGGCUAAGCCUAAAUCGCCAAAUGUAUUUUUGUUGGUGACUGAAUUUUCACAAACGAUUGAAAUGGAGAUUUGAAACAUAAAAUAUAUUAGAAUUGGCAUACUAAAACAUAAUAACUGAAUAAGAAUAUGAAUAACGAAAUAAAAUUUUCAACUUCGGAGUCCGAUCCCUGUAGUGGAAACACAUAUGCUGUCACAUUAAAUGGAGCUGAUGUUUCACUGAGUUCUAUCCCACUGACAAGUGUUGGGUCUUUUUCGGACACUGUUCACAUCAAAGUGGAAAUGCCACCUUCUGAUACACCAGUUUCUCUUUCAUCAGCAUUAAUUCCAGAAAAUGCUGUUUUGGUGGAAACUCCAAGAGGGUUAGUGCUGUCUGUUGCUGAUGGAGCUGGGUGUGUCUCGUACAGCAGUAUUUCAACCACAGCUGAUGAACAUGGAAGACACAUGAUGCCUCUUGCUGUAUCUCUGUUCACAAGCUGUCAACCAGACGAUGGAGUUGAGACUGACCAGCCUGGACAUAUGUUUGAUGGAAGUUCGGUUCCAAGUGACAGCGAUGUCGUCAAUAUCUGUCAGCAGCCAGGCAACAUGUUUGACAAUGGUGUCGUUACCACAGACAACGAUGUUGUCGGCAUAUGCCAACAGCCCGGGAGCAUGUUUGACAGUAGCGCUGUCAGCGCAGAGAAUGACAUUGUCGGUGUAUGUAGAGAAUCUAGUCACAUGUUUGAAGCAGGGGUUGUGUCAGCGGAUGGAGAAAUGGUCAGUCAGCCAGGACAUAUAUUUGAUGGAUCUGUGGUCAAUUCGGACAGUGACAUUGUUAAUGUAGAUGAUCAGCCUGGUCACAUAUUUGAUACUGUGACAGUUACAGGCAGUUUGGUGCACGAAACAGGGUUUUCACAGUCGUCGGUUACAACCACAUCUGUGACAUCAAUGUCAAAUGGACAAGGUCAACAGAUUCUUGAGACCAAGAAAAGAAAGGGAGGUUGGCCAAAAGGGAAAAAACGAAAGAGUUCACCUGAAGUGCAUACACCCAGAGCUCCAAUGACAGGAUAUGUUUUGUAUGCUAUAGACAGAAGACAGGAAAUCAAGGAAAGUAAUCCAGAAAUGCUAUUUUCCGAUGUAACAAAAAUCCUUGGUCAGGAAUGGUCGACAAUGCCACCAGACAAAAAACAAAAAUAUUUAAAUGAAGCCGAUGCGGACAAAAGACGAUACAUAGCGGAACUGAAGACCUUCCAUCAGUCGGAGGCAUACCACAAUUACGUCAGAAAGAAGAAGAUGAAAAACUAUUGUGGUGACGGUACUACUGGGGUGGAUUCCGGAGCUUAUACCACACCUAUGAUUGAUUUAGAGGAAGACUGUGUCAGUGAGUUGUACUGUCGGAUUUGUCGACAGUAUUUCAGUUCUCUCCACAACAAGAAGGAACAUAUGUUUGGAAGACAGCACUUACAAGCAGUGACUGGUGAAUUAGAGAAAGAAAUUCACAAACACCAACAGCAUGAAGUGAUGUCGACGACGUCUCUCCUGGUGGUGGACAUGGCAUCUGAGAGUCUGGGAUCUCUCUCCGACAACGAUCUGAAUGCCGAUUCACUGAGACUGUCCUCACCUGUUAAUAUUGAAAACUUCAUUCAAGAUUUUGUACAUAAAAAUUAUGAGCGUGAACAAGAGAUAAGAAUGCUGAAGUGUGCAUUGAAGAACACACAGGACAGUAACCUGAAUAUGUGUAAAGAAAUUCAAGAACUACAGGUAUAUGAAGCAAAACUCGAACAUGACAUCAAGAACUUGAAAGACAUUAGCCUGGCUCAGUCUGCACAAAUUGAUGGACUGAAGAUGGUUCCAACUCUCUUUGGUGUUAUUAAUUUUAGCUGACCAUUCAGAUAUUUCUUUUAUUUAUUUUCCACUGCUGUUUUGUGCCAUAAAGGUGUAAUGUUUUAACAUGUAUCCAUCCUACUUAUGUGUUGUAAUGUAAUGUAAGAUGGGAUUUAUCAAUUAACAACUUCAUACAGUGAUACACAUAAAAAUGUCAUGUAUGUAUUAGCUUAAGUUGCAGACCUGUUUCAUCCCAUGAAAAUGGACACUAAAUAGCAUGAAAUGAUAGUCUGAAAUGAUAGUCUGUAACAUUGAAAUGGGGAAAUACCCUAUGAAAAUAGCUAAAGAUCGGCUCUAUACUUAUUACAUUUCGGGGUAUUACAUAUACCAGGAUAGCCAGAAAUAUUUCAUAUGUUUGAAAAUGGAUAUUCUAAGUUAAUUUUAAAAAAUGGCUCCAAUGGUGAAAAAUAUAUCAUAGUACUGUAAAUCAGGAAAUGUUAUCGAGUAUAAAACUUGAGCAAAUUUAGCGAGGCCACUAAAGGCACUAAUAUUUUGUGAUGCUGAAUUAAAAAAAAUGGCUUGAAAAAUGUUUGUGUGACUGAAUUUUCGGUGAUUAACUGAACACAACAAUGGUUACAUGCUACUGAUAGCAAACAAUAGUUAGCAUGCAUUCUGCUGUCUGUAAGCUGCAUAACAUCAAAAUAGAUCAAAAGUAUUAUUUAACCUAAUCCUACAGAUUUUUCUUUUUUCAGUUUCUGAUAUGAUGACCGUGCUAAAAUUUUAUUUUGCUAAUAUGUCACUUAUUUGGAUUUCUCAAAAUUUUAAGUUCGCUAAUAUUUUGCGAUUUACAGUAUUUAAAAACUAGGGUCUGUCACUUUAAGCAGAAUGUGAGGUACAAUACUUGAUAUUGUGAUCUCGAAUACUGUCAUAUGUACUUAUUAGCCGACUUUUUUAUAUCCAUGUUUUACCCAGGUCUUCAUGUUCCGUCAAGUCUGUAUAUAUUUUCUGUCCAUAAUAUUUGAUGCAGGGUCAUCAAACUUCAUAUGGUUGCAUGUUCGAGAAAGCCACGAGUCACAUACCAUAAUUAAACUACCUGACCUACAUUUUAAUAUAACUGUACAUAACAAGAAAAACCCAGUCAGUCAAGUACAAAUGUGUAUUUGUAGGAACAUCAAAUUUUGUGACUGUAGAAAUAUCUUGUAACUUGUAUUCUAUAAAUUUGGUCACUUUGACCUUUUCUUACCACUGAACCAAAAGAGAAAGUUAUGUCUAGAAAUAAUGCUAUUACUGUUUGAUGCAGGAUCAUCAGAUGAAGUGUAGCAGUAUAUUAUAGGAAUCUGUCUUGGCUUACAAAGAAUGGUUUUACGAUAUUGUAGAGCAAAAAAUAACUUUAAAAAUCUCAAGUCUGGUGUGUCAUAUAAACCACUAAUGAAUUGGUAGUGGAUUUAGUAUCAAGUUGUAUUUCAGUAUAUCUGACCAUAACUCAUGUGAUUUUCCACCACCCCCAUUUGUAAACGAUGAUAUUUAAAUUUUACAUUGUUCAACUAUAAUACACUAUAGUUAUUAAUAGGGUAUUCAUUAAGUAGAUUUUCUUCCAAAAUGUGCACAAUGUUUUCAUUGCUACGGUUUAUGUAUUGCUUAACCUAAAAAUCAUGUAAUUUUUAUAUUUAACUUCAUUUUUAAUUAAACUUUGUGAACCAAAAAGUAAAAAAUAAAAUAAUGCAAAGCUGAUCCACAUUCAGAGAUAAAAAUUCUUCUUAAUUUCUGAAUGCUACCCAAAACUAGUCCUGUCUUUGUUCUUUGAUGAAUAACUCAUGGGAAACCCUCUUCUUUUUAAGAUGAUUAAUUAUUAUUUUCAUUUCUUUGUUUUGCAACAAAAGUGAUGCGAUUAAAAAGGUGAAAAAGAAAAAAUCACAGCCACCCUAUAACAGUAUGUAGAUAUUUACUCACUAAAAUGGUGGAUUUAGUUACUACAUGUUAUUUUUGGAUGGCCUCGAGCAAGUGAAUACAGUUCUGGGAAAAGUCUUCCACCUAUUUCAUGUAGUUGAAAGUUAAUGGGCAACAAAACAUUAAAUGAAUUGGUAUUUAUUAAUGUUUUGUCAACUAUUUCACCAAAAUUUGAAACAUUAUUUAUACUUAUUUAUUAAAUGAUUUUGUUAACAAGAUUGUUUUUUUUUUUUUAUUGGAGUGUUACAUUGAGAAUUAAAAAACAAUUUCUUGAAAAUGUAAAAACUCGGAUAUGUAACCGAUAAUAAUAAAUGAAGAAAAACAUUCAGAUGGGCCUUACUAAAAAAGAAUGGUGUAUUUGUUUCAUGACACGCAAGCACACUAAUGUUACGAUGUCCAACACAAAAUGGCUAUAUAUACCUGUACAUCAUGUUUACAGUCUCGGCUAAUGAAGGCUCGCUAUGUAUACAAUGGUGAGAUUUUUGUUUUGGAAAGUCCAGUUUAAGACCACGACACCUCUUCCAAACUGCCAAGCAUGGGUUACAGUAUAUCCAUAUUGGUCAUUCUUCCUCAGGACUUGAAAGAUGACCAUCAAUUCAGCAACCAAAGCUCCACAUUUGUCUUGCAGUUAGCAAUUAUUAAAUGGUGGAUUGGUCUAGACAAUGCAAAAACAAAUUGCUGAGGUUAUACAAACCAACUCCAUACCAAUUGGCAAAACUGGAUAAUACAGACUGAGUAAGACCACAUCAUUGACAUAAGAAAAGAUUUAUUCCAUUUUCUACUUGAGAAAACACUUCAAAUUACCCAGCAACUUUUAAAGCACCACAUAAUAUCGACUGCUGAAAAUAGCUAAACAGUUUAUUCACUCGCAUCUUGUGGACCUCGCAUUGGUAAGUUUCUAAUGUCUCGGUUAAAAUAAGGAAAAUCCUCAAUUCCAUCCAGUUUCCCCCUGUCCAACAGAGAUUAUGGUAACUUCUUUUUACAAAUAUUUUCAUCAUGUUUGUCAUUGUAACAAAUUAUGUUGAAAUAACUAUCUUGAUGACAUCAUGUACCAGUGUUGUUUUCAUAUUUUAUUUUAUGAAGUCUGUUUGAAUUCCACACUCCCAGGAUUUCAAGCCUGCAAGAAUGAACUUGCUGAACACUCCCAGCUUCCAGAAUUUGUAUUUUAAUUAAAGUUAUUUAAGGCAGUAUUUGUUAACAGCUUUAAAAAUCAGUUGUUGACGUUGUUAAAGAUUACCAACUGCCAUAACAAACUUAACAGCAAUGAAUUUUUAACAUUUCUGAUGGAUUCUUAGAACAAGGUUGAAUAAGUGAAGAGUUCAUUUCCAAAAUGUGAUAUAUCCAUUUACUUCAUUUUGAGAAAAACAACAACAUGAUUUAUCAUACAAAGAUUCUGUUUCAUGUGCACAGAUCACAUUUUAACAGAAACAUGUCAAAUUGCAGAGUUGUCCUAACAUCAGUAUACCUAGACUUCCAACUCUAAAUUUUGGAACUGGCAUAUAUAUAAAGUUGUGGAAAUGAACUAAGUACUUUUCUCCAGGACCUUUACGAUAGUAUACAGUAAGUAUUUAAUAUACUUAUCAAAGCAUGCUGUUGUGAAGCAUACAAGGCUUAAGCACAAUUCAUAAUUGAGGUUAUGCAUCGGGAAGAGAUAACAAGUUUGGAUAUGGUGUAAGCUAAGAAUUGUUUUUUAUAAUAAAGGUUAAGUAUCUGCUGUA